UCAUGCUGUUGGUGUGACGUAUAAUCUAGUGGACGGAACGCUUCUUUCAACAUCAGCAACAGUUAGCCACCUUGGAAGCUUGCUAUCCAAAAUAGCUGAACCAAUAAACCUCUUUAAACGAUUUUGUUUAUAUUAGCCACUGUUUUAAACCAACUUCUGUCGUCUAGUUAGUUAUCCUAUUUAAUUUCAUAUUUACAGUGUUGUUGUUUUUAGUCAGUUAGCGGGCUGGUUAAAUUAGCAUUAGCCUAGCUAGCUAACAUUUCCGACCAUGAGUUCACUAAGCUACUGUCCUGGUAAAGAGGAGGUCUGCUGGACGGAGAAUGAAGCUCUCGUCAAAGAGGUGGGAGGAGAGGCUUUUACAAUACAAACAGUAGAUGCUGAGGCUGUUACUGUGAAAGAAGAAGAGAAAGACGUUUCAGUGAAAGAAGAGGAAGACUCGUUCAGAGUGAAAGAGGAGAAGGAAGAGGAGGCUGUUACAAUACAAAAACAAGUAGACAGUGAGGGUGUUACCGUGAAAGAAGAAGAAAAAUACGUUACAGUAAAAGAAAAGGAAGAGGCGUUCAGAGUGAAAGAGGAGGAGGAUGUUACAGUAAAAGAAGAGGCAGAGAAAGAGGAAGUUGCAGUUUUUGGAGUGAAAGAGGAGGAGGGGGAGAUCACAUCGAAAAAGGAAGAGGAGGAAACUGGAUAUCUGGGCCCGGUUUCCCAAACUCAUCUUAAGGCAUCCAAUGGUUCUAACGAUAAACGUGCCCUGGUUUACACUCGAGAGAGACAGGACUAUCGUGGAUCAUCUGGGGAGCCUCAACAACCUCAUGAUGCUGACGGGGCAGAGAAGAGUCUCUCCAGAUCAGAACACCUCAAGAAACACCAGCAGAGACCCACAGGAAAGAAAUCUCACUGCUGCUCUGACUGUGGGAAAUGUUGCAAAUAUUCAUCAGACCUUAAAAUACACCAGCGAGUACACACAGGAGAGAAAUCUCACCACUGUUCAGAUUGUGGGAAAAGCUUUUCAACAUCACAGAUUUUGAAGCUGCACCAGAGAACACACACAGGAGAGAAACCUCAUAGCUGUGAUCAAUGUGGGAAGAGUUUUACUCAGUCAGGCUCCCUGAAAUCACACCGGAAACUACACACAGGAGAGAAACCUUAUAGCUGUAUUCAAUGUGGGAAGAGUUUUACUACAUCUAGCAAUCUGACUAUACACCAGAGAACACACACAGGAGAGAGAUCAUUUAGUUGUAAUCAAUGUGGGAAGAGUUUUGUUCAGUCUAGCGAUUUGACAGUACACCAGAGAACACACACAGGAGAGAAACCUUUUAGCUGUGAUCAAUGCGGUAAGAGUUUUAUUACAUCUAGCUAUCUGAAUAUACACCAGCGGACACACACAGGAGAGAAAUCUUAUAGCUGUGAUCAAUGCGGUAAGAGUUUUAUUACAUCUAGCCAGCUGACUACACACCAGCGAGUACACACAGGAGAGAAAUUUCACCACUGUUCAGGUUGUGGGAAAAGCUUUUCUACAUCACAGACUUUGAAGCUGCACCAGAAAACACACACAGGAGAGAAAUCGUACAGCUGUGAUCAAUGUGGGAAAAGUUUUAUUACAUCUAGCAAUCUGACUAUACACCAGCGAACACACACAGGAGAGAAACCUUAUAGCUGUAAUCAAUGUGGGAAAAGUUUUAAUACAUCUAGCCAUCUGACUACACACCAGCGAGUACACACAGGAGAGAAGCUUCACCACUGCUCAAAUUGUGGGAAAAGCUUUUCAACAUCACAGUCUUUGAAGCUACACCAGAGAACACACACAGGAGAGAAAUCUCAUAGUUGUGAUCAAUGUGGAAAGAGUUUUACUCAGUCAGUCUCCCUGAAAUCACACCAGAAACUACACACCGGCGAGAACCCUUAUAGCUGUAUUCAAUGUGGGAAGAGUUUUACUACAUCUAGCAAUCUGACUAUAUGCCAGAGAACACAUACAGGAGAGAGAUCCUUUAGUUGUACUCAAUGUGGGAAGAGUUUUGUUCAGUCUUGCGAUCUGACAGUACACCAGAGAACACACACAGGAGAGAAAUAUUUUAGCUGUGAUCAGUGUGACAAGAGAUACUCUGAUAAAAGAUCUCUGAUCAAACAUCAGAAAAUACAUGAAGGAGUUGUUUCGUGAUAUCAAUUAAAUAAUUUCACAAUGUAGAAUGUUUUUAACAUUGUGGUAGGAGUAUUUUAAGGAAUCUCACAAUGUAGAACCCUAAAUGUUUGCCCCAUUCAAUUGAUUUCAGCAUGAUUUGGAUAUUAGCCUCUGGAAAAAUCCAGGGUCUGAAUUGAAUGAGUACUAUUUAUGUGAUUUAACAAAAAGUGACUAACACAAAAAGAGCUGUGUUUCAAUUACGGUACCAUGUUGGUGACCCACUUGAAUCAAAAUGCAACACUUCAAAAUGUAACUAGCUGUUUACCACGUUGGUGACCCACUGGAAUCAAAAUGCACACUUCAAAAUGUAGCUAUCUGUUUUCUACAAAUUGUCCUCUAACCAGUGAUGUACACAUUAUUCCCAGAUUAUGUGUGGUUUUUGAGCUGUUCGUUUUUACAUCUCCCUCCUCUCGCACAAUUGAUUUCAACAUGAUAUCGAUGAGUGAUGACAAAUAAGUGUUGUGUUCCUUUGUUUUGCGACCCCUAAAUUUAAAUGCAUCACUCCAAAAUGUAGCUGACUGUCUUGUUUUAUGAUUCCAUGCAUCACCAUUAAGUGAAUUGCUGCCAGGAGGUGUACAAUUGGUUUUGAUAUUUCAUAUUUACAAUUCAUGUAACAUUUAGUAAUCAUAAAUAUUUAUGCAACGAACUGACAAUUUUCGGGUACAAUUAUAUUGGCAUUGUUGCCCUGCUUUUAUAAUAUCAGGGUUAAUUCCGAGUGAACCCUUAAAAGAGAGAGAAGCCCCGCAGUGAGGUGGAAAGUUACUUCGGAUAUUGCAGGAGUUUCCUCUUGAUAUCAGACAUGUCCGUGGUCAGGACAACUUGGUUGCUGAUUGUCUCAAGGGUGGGCAGUCAAAAACAUUUGUGUUUUGCGUUUAGCCAGUGCGUUACCAUGGAACCCAAUUGAUUUUGACUGCACGUUUUUCUGUAUUGGAGAUUAGUUUUGUUUGGGCUCGUUUCAAGGAGACCAGAGUUCUAGAAGCAAACCAUUACAUUGUAGAAAAAUAUAUUUCGAAUUGCAUGUUUUUUUUAAAUAUAUAUUUUUAUUGUUGUCAGCGAGGUGUUACAGGCUUUGGUUUUUCCAUUUAUGUUUUGAGGUUGGACUUUUAAUGCUUAUAGCUCUUAGGGCGCACUGAUUGGUGUCACCUCGUUAGUCAGUAUGUGUUACUCCUUGCUGGCUUGUCCAUCUCGUUAGUGGGAAGGUGUUUCGCCUGAGCUGGUCCAAGUUCUAUUUAAGAGGGUCUGGUCCAGUGCUCCAGUUGUCUUGAUAGAUGUGGAGCGGCAACACCUUUAGUUGCGCUAAGUUUUUGGUUUGCUUCCUGUCUUUAAGUUUGGUGUGGGUUUUUCUUUUGUUUGACUCUUCUUCGGCAGAUUUAGUGGGUGUCUUUUAGGUCCCGGUUUUUGUUACUCGUCAACAUUCAGAGCCCCUCCUAAAAAACAAGCCUAUAUUUUGGAUUGGAUAUUGCAUCCAAAUCAUAUUUUAAUCAAUGCUCAUUAGUCUGUUUGUUUCUGUUUUUUUUUAUCUUAUGUUUGUGUAUUAAAUAUUUGUUUAUUUUCAUAUUUUUUUCCUAUGAAGCCUUUGUUGCAUCCAUAUCUGAAAUGUGUGGUAAACACCACCCCUGGCUCUACCAGGGGCUUGAGGUGGUCUCCCACAGCUCUGCUUAUGUUCUGUGGCCUUGCAGUUCCAUUUCUUGACUGCCCCUGUAACACAGAAAGAAACACAUUUAGUCAUAUUAUAUUAAACACUCAAAGUAAUGCAUAUGGAGCAUCUUUAGCCUCAGUUACACUUGGCACCUAAAUGUGACUUCUGUCAUCUGAUCACGCAGAGCUGCAUUAGGUUCAGAUCUACCAGGAUGGGCCUUUGACAUUGUCUGGACACGGUUAAGCCACUGAAUAUGCAUAAGGGGUGUGAAUGAGUGGGGAAAAGUACCUUUGACACAAAUGACCUUCAUAAUAACAAAGAACAAAUGUGUGUGCCUGAGGGGAAAUUAACUUUCAUUCAGCUAAAAGGGUUGAGAAAUUACACCAAUAUCAGUGGUCAAUUUGCACUAAUGUAAAUAAACAUAGAUGGAACAUA